GCGGCAUUGUGCAAGUCGUCGCAAGAGACAGAGGAGGGCUCGACGAUGGCGAGUCCGCGGAUGCAAUGGAUAGGUCAGCGCAUCCUCGAGUCGUUCGAACCCGCCUUGGCGCAGAGCGAAGUCACAGACUUCUUGGGGUCUGCCCCUGUCAAGAAGCUCCUGGACGAGUUGCUCACAGGAAAGGACGUGACCAAGGUCUUCAUCCACUUCCAAGCAGACCCAACGGACAAGGGAGCUGAAGCGACACGGAUGCGGCUGUCGGCGUCCGCAGGCAACACAUUACCCAUCCGAUCCAAGUGUUGCUACUUCCUUCGAAUUGUCGCCGACGGGAAAGCCGUCGACAUGCUCAAGGGAAGCGACAGCACGUUGCUGUUUGGCGAGUUGGCGCCAAACGUGCUCCGAAAUCUCGAGUCCACUCUGUCGCAGCUGUUCACACCCUUGUUCAAAGCACGGGACGACUGGGGCAAGGCCGACGCGGACUUGAAGGUCGAAUUCAUGAACGAGUCGGAAAAGUUCGCCAACGACCUCAAGGAAGCGCUGCACAGCAUGGACAGCGGCCUGGAGCUGCGUCGGCCGGACCGCGAGUUUGAGAACGCCGGCACGCGGGGCGCAGCGCUGAGCGAGUCCCCAAACGUGAUCGCUCACUACGAAGACGUGCUCAAGGACUGGUGCGACGUCAUCUCGACGUACCUCGAGACCAACACGACCGGCGACGGCAAGUCGAACGACGACGAGAUCGACGACGAUGGCCCGAUGGGGGAACUCGAGUACUGGCGGCGGCGGAUGCAGCGGCUGACGAGCAUCACGGAGCAGCUCAAAACGAACGAGUACAAGGACGUGUUCCUCGUGCUCAGCCGCACGUCCAAGAACGUGAGCGACGACACCAAGCAGCGCAUCCAGACCCUGCUGCGGCGGUGGAAGCAGACUGACAUCAGCAUCACCGAGGCCGCCAACGAAGCCAAAGACAACGUCAAGUACCUGUUCACUCUGGAAAAAUUCAUCGUGCCGCUGUACUCGGGCACGCCGAGCACGAUCAUCGACACGCUGCCGGCACUCAUGAACUCGAUCAAGAUGAUCCACUCGAUCGCGCGGUACUACAACACGUCCGAGCGCAUGGCGAGUCUGCUGACCAAGAUCACCAACCAAAUGAUCUCCAACUGCAAGAACUGCAUCACGGGCGGCGAAACGUUCGAAGUGAUGUGGACCAAGGAGCCCGAGGAGCUCUUGCGCAACUUGGACUCGUGCUUGAAACUGAACGAAGCGUACCAGCAGCAGUACCGCGCCACGAAGGACAAGCUGUUCUCGAUGCCCAAAGGCAAGCAGUUCGAGUUCAACGAGAUGCAGAUCUUCGGCAAAUUUGACCUGUUUUGCCGCCGCAUGAUCAAGCUCAUCGACAUGUUCACGACGAUCCAUCAGUUUUCAUCCCUCGGCCAACACAAGCUGGAGGGCAUGGAGGAGCUGAUUACAAAGUUCAACGGCGUGAUCCGCGAGUUCCGGCUACGUAACCACGACCUGCUCGACUACCGCAACAACCGGUUCGACCGAGAUUACGUCGAGUUCAACGUGCGCAUCUCGGACCUCGAGGGGCUGCUGCAAAAGUUCAUCAACGACUCCUUCGAGAACAUCACGAGCAUCGAGCACUCGCUCAACUUAUUGCGCAAGUUCCAGACCAUCCUCCAGCGCGAGAACCUCAAGUCCGACCUCGACUCCAAGUUCAACGUGAUCUUUCAAAACUACGGCCUCGAGCUCGAACAUGUGUUGCAACAGUACGAGCGCCACAAGCACAACCCGCCGUACCCGCGCAACUUGCCUCCCGUCGCCGGCAACAUCACAUGGAGCCGCCACCUGCUCAAGCGCAUCGAGGAGCCAAUGAAAAAGUUCGAGUCCAACCAAAACGUGCUCGCUAGCAAAGACGCCAAGCGCAUCAUCCGCAUGUAUAACAAGGUCGCGCGGACGCUGGUCGCGUUCGAGUAUAUCUGGUACCAGGCGUGGGUCCAGUACAUCGACACGGCCAAAGCGGGGCUGCAGGCCACGCUCAUCAUUCGGCACCCUGAAGACAACGUGCUGUAUGUGAAUUUUGACCCGGAAAUCCUCCAGUUGCUGCGCGAGUCCAAAUGCUUGGACCGGAUGGGCAUUGAAAUCCCCGAGUCGGCCAAGAUCGUGCUGCUCCAGGAAGAAAAGUUCAAGAAUUACUACAACGAGCUCCAGUUUGCCCUGUCCGAGUACGACCGCAUCGUGACCAAGGUGAUUCCGGUCACGGCCAUGUUACUCCGGCCGCACUUUAACGACAUGGAGUUCAAACUGCGCCCGGGCAUGAUCACGCUGACGUGGACCAGCAUGAACAUUGAAGCGUACCGAAACCACAUCCACACGGGUCUGCAGCGACUCGAAGAGCUCGUGACCAACAUCAACGACAUCAUCGAGAACCGCGUGGAGAAGAACCUGCGAAUUGUGAGCAAAACCAUGCUCGUGGACCUCCCUAUCGACCAGUCGUUCUCCCUGGACGAGUUUGUGACCAUGCAAAGCAACAACAUCCGACGGGCAGGCGCAUUGCUCCAGGGAAAGAACAUCGAGAUCGAGAACGCCGUGGAGGACUUGCUCAAGAUCAUCACGCAGUACCCGCUGGACUCACAUAUUGAAAGCGUGUCUGCGGAAGAAGCGAUGAAGCUCAAGAAGCACUACAACCACUUUAUGUACCAAGCGCUGCUGCACUGCACCAAGAACUCGCUCAACUCGAUCAAGAAGCGCGUGGCGUCGCGAGCGGGGCAGAACGCCCUCAUGUUGGAGCGGCCGUUCUUUGAAGUGGACGUCCAACUAAGCAUCCCCCGUGUCCAGUUGAAUCCGUCGUUGGACGAGAUCCAACUCGCCAUCAACCGUGCGGCGCAGACUGUGCUGGCGGCGGCCAAGGAGCUAUAUGACUGGGGCCAGAACGACGUGGUGAAGGAGGACAAGACGACGUUCUUCGAGCGUAUCACCAAAGACAUUGAGAUCGUCCGCGUCGUGCUGCUGCUCACGGGCAGUGUCCAAGGGCUGCGCAAUACCGUGACCGAGUACUUGGAAUCGUUCAAGCAGUACGAGUGGCUGUGGAUGGAGAACAAGGACAUGUCGUACGACACGUUUUUGAAAAAGAACCCCGAACUGCAGGACUUUGAGCGCAAACUCAAGUCGUUUGUGAUCAUCGACGAAGACAUCACCGCCGUCGCAUCGGCACACAACAUUGGCGCGUUGAGUUUGAAUACACGCAACAUCAAACUGCAGCUCAAGCAUGAAAACUCGCAGUGGAAGCUCAAGUACAGCGACAACCUGCACAACCAAGCGCGCAAAAAGAUGGAGUCGCUGACCGAGUACUUUCGAUCGACCAUGGGCAAACUGAACCGCAAGGUCGUGGACCUGGACUCGCUCCGGUUCGUCAUGAACCUACUCAAGGAAGUUCGGUCCCGCGAGAGCGGCAUCAACAUGGAGAUCAACCCUGUGCUGGACAUGUACGAGAUGCUCGAGUACUACCUCCCAGAAGGGUUCAUGGAGAAGGAAGAGAUGGACCAGAAGUCUGUCCUGCGCAGCAACUGGCGAAAGCUGAUCCACCACGCCGAAACCAGGACCGAUGAACUGAGCAAGACCCAAGCAGGUUUCAAGCGGGGCCUCUUGCGUGACAUCAAGGAGUUCAUCAUCGACGUCAAGCACUUCCGCGAAGAUUUCCUGGCCAACGGACCCAUGGUCAUGGGCAUCAGCGCCGCGGAAGCCGUCGAGCGGCUGAAUCGGUACAAGGAGGAGUACAAGAUCCGCGAACGCAAGCAGGACCUGUACACGUCAGGCGAGGAGCUGUUUGCACUGCCCAAGACGAGCUACCCAGAGCUGGACAUGACCAAGAAGGAACUGCAGCUGCAAGACAAGUUGUUUGGGCUGUACGUGGACGUGCUCAGUACGCUGGAGGAGUGGAAGAGCAUUCCGUGGGUCCAAGUGGCCAACAACAUCCAGAGCAUGACGGAAAAGGUCGACGGGUUCUCGAAUCGGUGCAAGAAGAUGCCGGCCAAGCUGCGCGAGUGGGAGGCGUACACGGUGCUCAAGAAAAUGAUUGAUGACUUUACCGACAUCCUGCCGCUGCUGCAGGAACUCAGCAAGGCGUCGAUCAAGCCGCGUCAUUGGGACGCCGUCAUGGACAGGACCAGCACCACGUUCGACGUGAACGCCGCCGACUUUAAACUGCAGGCGCUCAUGGACGCCAACAUUGUUGCGUUCAAAGUCGAGAUUGAAGAAAUCACAGACGGCGCCGACAAGCAGCUCAAGAUUGAGAUUGCACUGGCCGAGAUCGAACAACACUGGAGCACGGAGGAGUUUCAGUUUAACGACUGGAAGAACCGCGCCGUGCCCGUGCUCAAGGGGGUCGUGCCCGUGGUCGAAGAGCUCGAGGAGACGCAGAUGAACCUGCAGACGAUGCUGAGUAUGCGCCACGUGCUGCCGUUCAAGGAAGUGGCCCAGCAAAAGCUCGAAACGCUCAGCGACACGUCCGAGACGCUGGAGCGGUGGAUCAAGGUGCAAAUGCUGUGGUGUUCGCUCGAGUCAGUGUUCACGGGGGGCGAUAUCGCCAAGCAGAUGCCCGUGGAAGCCAAGAAAUUUCAAAAGAUUGACAAGGACUGGGCCAAGAUCAUGACCAAGUCGGUGGAAAUCAAAAACGUCGUCCAGUGCUGCGCCAGUGAGCUGCUCAAGUCGUGCCUGCCCACCAUGUACGCCGAGCUGGAAAAGUGCCAAAAGUCCCUCGAAGGGUACCUCGAGCAAAAGCGAAACAAGUUCCCGCGGUUUUACUUUGUGUCCAACCCGGGCUUGCUCAUGAUUUUGUCCCAGGGCAGCGACCCCCUGAGCAUGAACGAGCACUACGAGAAGGUGUUUGACUCGAUCGAAAAGGUGCUCCACGACAAGAAGGACAAGACGCUCAUCCACACGAUGAUCUCGGCCGGCGACGAAGUCCGGUUCUCGUCGAUCGUCAAGGCCCAAGGCAACAUCGAAGACUGGCUCGCGUCCUUGCUCUUGUCCAUGCAACUGACCAUGAAGGACAUUUGCCGCCAUUGCGCGUCCGACGUCGCGGCCAUGAGUGCCGACAUCAAGCGCAUGCGAGAGUUUGUGGAUCGGUAUGUGGCUCAGUUUGCACUGCUCGGGAUUCAGAUGAUGUGGACCGCGGACGUCCAGGCGGCGCUCGAGCAGUGCCGCACCAAGAAGAACUCGAUGAAGGACAUGAGUCAAAAGCAGCUGCAAGUGCUGAUCGAGCUCUCGUCGUGGUGCCUGCAGGACCUCGGGUCGAAACAAAACCGAGUCAAGAUCGAAACCCUCGUGACGAUUCACGUCCAUCAGCGCGACGUUAUGAGCGACUUGGCGUUGCUGCACAAGCAAAAGAAGAUCGCCGACGCCAACGACUUUGAAUGGCUCAAGCAGGCGCGCAUGUACUGGCGCCCCAACAACGCGGAUGAAUUCACGACCGACGGCGCGUGCGUCGUGAGCAUCACGGACGUCGACUUCAACUACCAGUUUGAGUACCUUGGCUCCAAGGAGCGCCUCGUCGUGACGCCGCUCACCGAUCGGUGCUACAUCACGCUCGCCCAAGCGCUGGGUAUGUACUUUGGGGGAGCCCCCGCCGGACCGGCCGGUACGGGCAAGACGGAGACGGUCAAGGACUUGGGGCGGACGCUCGGCAUCUACGUCGUGGUGACCAACUGCACGGAUCAGCAAAAGUACACGGACUGCGCCAAGAUCUUCAAGGGGCUGUGCCAGGGGGGGCUGUGGGGCUGCUUUGACGAGUUCAAUCGCAUUCAGUUGCCCGUGCUGAGUGUCGUGGCGCAGCAAGUUCUGGCAAUUCAGAACGCCAAGAAGACAGCCACCAAGUUUUUUCAGUUCCCCGGCGACCCGCAAAACAUCUUGUUGAGCCCUGUGUGCGGGUUCUUCAUUACGAUGAACCCCGGGUACGCUGGUCGACAGGAAUUGCCCGAGAACCUCAAGGCGCUGUUCCGCGGCGUAGCCAUGAUGGUGCCAGAUUUUGAAAUCAUCAUGAAGGUCAAGCUGUGUUCGGUGGGGUACUUGGAGUACCAGGAACUGGCCAAGAAGUUUUUCAUCUUGUACUCGACGUGCAAGGAGCAGCUGAGUGCGCAAAAGCACUACGAUUGGGGCCUGCGCAACAUUUUGGCUGUGCUGCGGUCCGCCGGCAAGAUCAAACGCGACAACCGCACGGACUUGGAAGCCAAGCUGCUGUUCCAAACCCUCCGAGACAUGAACUUGUCCAAGCUGGUCGCGCAAGACGUGCCUUUGUUUCUGUCGCUGCUGCAGGACUUGUUCCCGACGAUCCCGCCGCCGCCAAAGGGCGUGUACCCAGAGCUAGAGGCCACGAUUCUCACGGAAAUCGACAAGCAGGGGCUGGUCAACCACGCCGGAUGGCUCAACAAGGUCAUUCAGCUGUACGAAACCCAGCUCGUACGACAUGGCAUCAUGCUGGUGGGGCCCACGGGUGGCGGCAAGUCGCGCAUCUUUGAAGUGCUGCAGCAGGCGUUGACGAUCACGACUACGAUCAACCACAAGCAGUCGCGCCUGAACCCCAAGGCGAUUCGCGCCGCGGAAAUGUACGGCGAAGUGGACCCGAUGUCUGGCGAGUGGACGACGGGGGUGUUUGCCGCCAUGUGGUCCAAAUACAACCAGAAGAGCAACAAGUUUAACAUGUGGAUGAUCUGCGACGGUCCAGUCGACGCCAUUUGGAUCGAAGACCUCAACACGGUGCUAGACGACAACAAGAUCCUGACGCUGGCCAACGGAGAUCGCAUGCCCAUGACGGACAACGUCAAGCUUAUGUUUGAGGUGGAGACCCUCGUGAACGCCUCCCCCGCCACCGUGUCCCGCGCCGGCAUUGUGUUUGUGUCUGACACGGAUCUGGAUUGGGCGCCGGUCGUGGAGGCAUGGAUUCGGCGGCGACCGACGUCGCACCAGGAGACGCUGCGGCAGCUAUUCCUCAAGUACAUGGGCGAAAACACGCCCUUGUUAUGCGGUAUUGCGUUUGACUUUCUCAACCGCAACACCAACGGCGUCAUGCCCGUGUCCCGCGUCGGCCAAGCGUCGCGGCUGUACAGCCUCAUGACGGGGCUGCUCAUGGGCGACCACGGCACUUACCUGUCGGAGGACCCGGCGAUUCUCCCCAAGCAUUUGGAGAAGUUGUUCUUGUACUGUAUCACGUGGAGCGUGGGGGGGCUGCUCGAGCCCGAAGACCGCGUCAAGUUUGACGAGUGGCUGCGCAAGAUGGACGACAACGGCCUCAUGCCCAUAUGCGACCCGGGGUACCUGUGCUACGAGUACUACGUGGACGCGUCCACGUACGAGUGGAAGCUGUGGCGCCCCCCCAAGUGGGAGUACCCCAAGGGCGAAAAGCUCGACUUUUCCAACUUGCUCGUUCCGACCAUGGACUCGGUGCGCACGUUGUACCUGAUUGAAAACCUACACAAGCAGAAGAAGCCCGUGCUCAUGGUCGGCGGCCUCGGCACGGCCAAGUCGUCGUGCGCGCUCAUGUACUUCAACGGACUCAACCCCGACACAAUGAUGGUCAAGCGCGUCAACUUUAGUAGCGCCACCACGGCGUUCAUGUUUCAAACCGCCGUGGAAAGCGAACUCGACAAGCGCGGGGGUAAGAGCUUUGGCCCCCCCAACGGCAAAAAGAUGACGGUGUUCCUCGACGAUCUCAGCAUGCCGCUCGUGAACGCGUGGGGCGACCAGCCGACACUGGAGAUCGUCCGGUUGAUCAUCGAGUGCAGCGGGUUUUGCUUUCUGAGCAAAGAUCGUCGCGGCGACUUCAAAGUGUGCGAAGAUUUGCAGUACGUUGGCGCGAUGGGCCACCCCGGCGGCGGUCGCAACGACAUUCCGAACCGGCUGAAGCGCCAGUUCUUCUUGUUCAACUUGGUGCUGCCGUCGCUGACGUCGAUUGAUGACAUUUACGGUCAAAUGCUGGCCGGGAGGUUCACACCAGACACGUACACAAAGGAAGCGAUUGCGAUGAGCGGCAAGUUGACUCGCGCGACGAUUGACUUGUGGAACUUUAUGAAGGCCAAGCUGCUUCCGACGCCUGCCAAGUUCCACUACAUUUUCAACAUGCGCGAACUGUCCCGGGUGUUUCAAGGCGUGCUGCUGACGCCGGCGGAAACGUUCUCCACGGGCGGGGGGUUCCGCGUGAGCCAGGGCAAGAUGGACAAGGUGGACCAAGGCCAACUGGUGCUCAUGGUAUGGAAGCACGAGUGCGAGCGCGUGUUUAGCGACAAGCUGACCAACUACAAGGACAAAGACGUGUACCAAAACUACAUGAAGGACCUGCUGAAAGCGCACUUUGGCGACGAACUCGAGCAAAAGGUGCGCGUGCCGUUCUACAUGGUCAACUUCCUCCGCGACCCAGCCGAGAACGAAGAGGGCGUCGUCGACGACGUCGUGCCCAAGGUGUACGAACCCGGUGGAACGCUCGAGGAAGUUCGUGACCGAGUGAAUGAAUUCCUGGGCAAGUACAACACGGACUACCCCCAGCGCAUGAUGCGGCUGGUGCUCUUCGACGACGCACUUGGACAUUUGCUGCGUCUGUCGCGGUUGCUAGAGAUGCCCCGCGGGUCCGUCCUCCUCGUGGGGGUCGGCGGGUCCGGGAAGCAGUCGCUCACGCGGCUGGCGGCCUACAUGGCGCAGUCCACGGCGUUCCAGAUCACGCUCACCAAGACGUACAACACAAACUCGUUCAUGGACGAUUUGCGUCUGCUGUACAAGAAUGCAGGUCACUUGAAAAAGUCGACCACGUUUUUGUUCACCGACUCGGAAAUCAAGAACGAGAUCUUCUUGGAACUGAUCAACUCGGUGCUCAUGACGGGCGAAGUCGCGGGGUUGUUUGCCAAGGACGAGAUGAUGGCCAUGACUGCUGACCUCCGGAAUUCGUUUGUCAAAGACCGCCCAGGGCUCCCAGACACCCAAGCCAACCUGAAGCAGUACUUUAUCGACGGCGUCCGAGACAACCUGCACGUGGUGCUGUGCAUGUCGCCCCUGAACGCCAAGUUCGCCGACCGCGCGCGCAAGUUUCCGGGGCUGAUUUCUGGCCCGACCAUCGAUUGGUUCCUCACGUGGCCGGAAGAUGCACUGAUCGCCGUGUCCAAGGGUUUUGUGCUAGACUACCCCAUGGAAUGUGACAGCGUCACGCGACUGGCGCUUAUGACGCACAUGGGGAUGGUCCAUCGCAUUGUCACAGACCUGUGCGACGAAUACUUUCAAAAGAUGCGACGACGGGUGUACCAAACCCCCAAGUCGUACUUGAGUUUUAUUGAGUCGUACAAGAAAAUGUACAGCAUCAAGAUUGAAGAGAUCAAGGUCAAGGAACAGCGCGUGAAUUUAGGCCUCAAGAAACUCAUUCAAGGCGCCGAAGACGUCCGCGCCAUGUCGAUCGUCCUCGCCGACGAGCAAGUCAAGCUGCAAAAAGCCACAGAAGAGACCAACGCGAUGCUCCAGUCGCUCCAGGUGUCGAGUGCGGAAGCGUACAAGGAAGGUGAGCAGGUGUCGCAGAUCAAAUCGAAAUGCGAAGAGGAUGCCGUGCGCAUCGGCGCCGAGAAGGCUGCGUGUGAGAACGAUCUGGCCAAAGCCAAACCGUUCGUUGAGGAAGCCGAGACCGCCAUCGACUCUAUCAAACCAGCGCACAUUGGGGAAAUUAAAAAGCUAGCCAAGCCCGCCGACAUCAUUCGGCUCGUGUUUGACGGCGUCCUGAUCUUGUUUCAAAGCCAGCUGACCAUCGUCAAGCAAGCCAAAUUGAACGUGGCCAAGCAAGACAUUGACUUUAUCGAGACGUCGUUCUCCCCGUUUGCACAGCAAGUGAUGGGCGACUCCAACUUUCUCAAAAACGUGCAAACGUUUGGGUCUAUCGGGAAGGACCAGAUCAACGAAGAAACCAUCGAGCUGUUGUGUCCAUAUAUGGAGCUCGAGGGGUUUCUCCCCGCCGUGGCCAAGAACGCGUCGCUGGCCGCGGAAGGCCUUUGCACGUGGGUACGCGCCAUGAAGUUUUACCACGAAGCUUCCAAAGUCGUCAAGCCUAAGCUCGAAGCGCUCAUGAUCGCCGAGGGCCAGAUGGAAGCAGCCAACAAGGCGCUGGCCCAAGCCGAGCUCCGCUUGUCCAAGUGCAAAGAGCGUCUGAAUGAACUGCAGCAAAUGUUCGAGGCUCAAAUGUCCGAGAAGAAACGCAUCGAAGACGGCGCGAACGCCCUCGCUCGGAAGAUGCAACAAGCGUCCGACUUGAUCAACGGCCUCGCGGGCGAGCGCGUGCGGUGGACGGACGACUCGAACAACUUUGCCGACCUGAAGCGGCGCAUGGUGGGCGACUGCGCCGUCGCGUGUGCGUUUGUGAGCUACUGCGGACCGUUCAACCAGGACUUUCGCCACUACAUGGUCGCAAGCAAGUUCAUUCCCGACUGCGAGUUGCGCAGCGUGCCCGUGACGUCGGACCUGGACGUGAUCACGUUUCUCGUGGACAUUGGCACGAUCGGCGACUGGAACAUUCAGGGGCUGCCCACGGAUUCUCUGUCGAUUCAAAACGGGAUCAUGGUCACGCGGUCGUCGCGGUACCCGCUGCUCGUGGACCCGCAAGGCCAAGCGCUGUCAUGGAUCAAGAAUCGCGAGUCGGCGCGGAUGCCGACGUACGGAUCGACGACGCUCAACCAUCCCAAGCUCAAGGACCAGCUCGAAUACUGCAUGGGCGAAGGCCGGGCGCUGGUGAUCACGGGCGUGGAGGAGGACAUUGACCCGAUGAUGGACCCGGUGCUGGAGCGCCAGAUCAUUGUCAAGGGGCGGUCGCUGUCCAUCAACGUGUCGGACAAGAAUAUGGAGUUCAACCCGGCGUUCAGCAUGUACUUUAUCACGCGGCUGCCCAACCCGCAUUUCGGUCCAGAAUUGCAGGCCAAGACCACCGUGAUCGACUUUACGGUGACGAUCAAGGGGCUGGAAGAGCAGUUGCUCGGGCGUGUGAUUGGGAAGGAGCAAAAGGCACUCGAGGAGCAGCUAGCGCAGGUGCUGGAAGACGUCAAUAUGAACACAAAGUCGCUAUUGGCACUGGACGCGUCCUUGCUGGAACGGCUGACGUCCAACACGGGCAACCUCCUCGAAGACGAAGAGCUCAUCGGGGUGCUCGCCAACACGAAAGAAAAGGCGGCGGAAGUCAAGGACAAGCUCAUUGCCGCCGCCGACACGCGGAAGAGCAUCAACGAGAAGCGCGAGCAGUUCCGACCCGUGGCCACGCGGGGCUCUGUGCUGUACUUUACGGUCGUGGAGAUGUCCCUGGUGAAUUGCAUGUACCAAACGUCCCUGACGCAGUUUUUGGCGCUGUUUAUGAAGUCCAUGGACGUGGCAGAGAAGGCGGCGCUCGCGUCCAAACGUGUGGCCAACAUCAUUGAGACCAUGACGUACAUCAGUUACCGAUACAUCAACCGUGGGCUGUACGAACGCGACAAGCUCACGUUCAUUUUGCUGCUCACGAUGAAGAUUCUCGUCACAGACAGUUUGCUCACUCGGGAAGAAGUGACACUGCUUAUUCGAGGCGGGGCGGCGCUUGAUAUCAACACUGUGCGGCGGAAGCCGUUCUCGUGGAUCUCGAACGAAGCGUGGCUCAACGUGAUCGAGCUGAGUCAGUCGUGCAAGUUUUUCACAUCGCUGCCGCACGACAUGAGCUCGAACGAAGCCAUGUGGCGGCGGUGGUACGAAGACAACGAGCCCGAGAACGCCAUGAUCCCCGACUACGAGAACCGAAUCGCCGAAAACGAGCAGAUUGGGCCGUACUUGAAGCUGCUGCUCGUGCGGGCGCUGCGCAUGGAUCGAACAAUUUUGUGCACCAAGGAGUUUAUUCGCAAUACGCAGCAGAUGGGGCUCAAGUACGUCGAACCUGUCACGGACACGAUCGAUUCCAUCUUCAACGAGAUGAAAGCGGACACACCCGUGAUCUUUCUGCUGUCGAUCGGGGCCGACCCCACGGAAAGCAUCGAGCAACUGGCCCGCAAGAAGAAGAACCCGUCGCCGGCCGUCGUGUCGAUGGGCGAAGGCCAGGAACCUGUGGCCCUGAAAGCCAUCAACGCCGCUGUGGUCAACGGCACGUGGGUGCUGCUUCAGAACUGCGAACUCGGACUCGAGUUGAUGGAACAGAUGGAGGAAGUGAUCUUCAAGCUGAGCGAAACCAUGGACCAAAACUUCCGCCUCUUCCUCACGGCACUACCAAGCGAGCAGUUUCCCCUCGGGCUGCUCCAAAUGUCCACAAAGGUGACCAACGAGCCGCCCCAGGGACUCCACGCCGGCUUGUUGCGGUCGUUCACGGUGAUGGUGGACCAAGAAAAGCUCGAGCGCGUCGAGACGGUGCAGUGGCGGCAGUUGCUGUUUGACUUGUGUUUUCUGCACUCGGUCGUAAUCGAGCGCAAAAAGUUUGGGCCGCUGGGGUGGUGCAUUCCGUACGAGUACAACAAUGGCGACUUGUCUGCAUGCACGAUCUUCUUGGAAAAGCACUUGUACAAUGGCCCGAUUUCGUGGCCGACGUUGCAGUACAUGGUGUCAGAGGUGCAAUAUGGAGGCAAGAUCACAGACAACUUGGAUCGCCGCAUGUUCAACUACUACUGCGAGUGGUGUGUCCAAAGCGAAGCGUGCAACCCAUCGUUUAGUUAUAACCCCGGCGAGCCCAUCCUGCGCAUCCCCAACGACUUCAACUACCGUAUCCCCGUAGCCGAAACCAUCGACGACUACCGCAACUUUUGCCACAGCCUACCGGACGUGGACUCGCCCGAGAUCUUUGGCCUGCAUCCGAACGCUGACCUCACGUAUCGCGUGAAGGAAGUCAACUUGCUGCUGGGGACCCUUGGCGAAACCCAGCCCAAGGGCGGAGGGGGGUCGUCGGGGGUCAGUCGAGAGGACGUUGUAUGUGAUAAGGCCAAGGAACUGUCGGAUCGGCUGCCCGAAGAUUACAUCGAAGACGACUACAAAGCCAAGAUCCAACGCCUGGGGGGACUGACGAUUCCGCUCAAUAUUUUCCUGUACCAAGAGAUCCAGCGGUUGCAGCGCGUGAUUUCCAAAGUGCGCACGAUGCUGUCGCAGCUGCAAAUGGCCAUUCGAGGCGAAGUCGUGAUGACUGAGGAACUGAGCUGGACGCUGAAUGCGAUCUUCGAUGCCAAGGUGCCGCCGUCGUGGCUUCGGACGUCGGUGGGCGACGAGUUCUCGUGGAUCCUGCCCACGCUGGGGCUGUGGUUCUCGUCGCUCCUGUCGCGAGAUGAGCAGAGCCGCAACUGGCUCAACACCCGCCGACCCAACUGCUUCUGGCUCACGGGCUUCUUCAACCCGCAAGGGAUGCUCACAGCCAUGAAGCAAGAGGUGACGCGGAAGCACAGCAAGACCGACAAGUGGGCGCUAGACGAUGUCGUGUACCACACCGAAGUCACGACGUUCGAGCGCGCCGAGCAGGUCCGCACGCCGCCCGCCGAAGGCAUUUUGAUCUACGGCCUCUUUCUGGACGGCGCCACGUGGAGCAAGGCGGACGGGACGCUGGUCGAGUCGGAACCCAAGAAACUGUUCACGUCGUUGCCGGUGCUGCAUGUGAACAGCAUGUCCAAGGACCUGGAGCUCAAGUCCCGGAAGGAAUUGUACGGGUCCAUUGGUCCAUUUGAAUGUCCGUGCUACAAGUACCCCAUGCGCACAGAUCGAUACAUCAUCUUCAUGGUGACCAUGAAGUGUCCGCAGAAUCGACCGCCGCGACACUGGGGUCUGCGAGGCGUGGCAUUGCUGUGCAAUACAGAGUAGUUUGUAUCUAACGUUAAUAGGGAUAUAUGUACAAUUAGAGAGGUUUAACUUGAAGAGUUGGUGACGACUGGAGUAACUAGUAUAUAAUAGACAACCAGGUUACUUUUUGUUAGCUUUUGAAGGGGCGGCGACUGGCGCUUGGGCCGCGACUACUGUGUUCUGCAGGUGCAUUUGAAUGGCGGCAAACGGGUUCGCCUGGAACGAAGGGUGUGAGUGCACGGCUUUGAGAUGGCCCAGUUCGUGGAUAGCCAGGCGUUUCUUUUGCUUCCCGGUGAGCUUGGUGGGGGCUUUCGGCGCAGCAUCAGCCGUGGUGGCGGGCACUGUCGUCUCGGAAAACAACGACUUCUGGAGGUCUUCAAAGUCCCCAAAGAUGCCGUCGGAUUCCUUCUUGGCGUCCUUCUUCUUCUGAAGGAUCGUGCGCUCGACCAUGCCCAUCUUCUUGUUGAACGCAUCGCGACGCUUCUGACGCUUGCGCUGUCCCCGACUCAACGCAUUGAUGGCCUCAUCUUCCUUAUCCUCUGGUGCUUCUUCCUCUUCGACGUCUUUGGCCUUCUUGAUGACUGGCACGGCCGGCUGAUGCUGCCGAUAUGUCUUGGACUUGCGGACUUUACCCAUGACGAUUGACAAGUUGAAGCGCCA